UGCUGAUUGCUUACCAUUUUUGCUUUUUUCAAACUAAAAUGCCACUGCCAAAAUGCGAAAUCUGCGAUGAUGACUUCUCGAGUGAGGAUGGAGAUCAUAGUCCUAGGAAUUUGAAAUGUUGUCAUACACUAUGUGAAGGAUGCAUCAAAAAGUUGCUGAAUUAUAGCAGAAUUGUAUGCCCAUUUUGCCGUGAACCAACUGAGGUACCUGGAAAUAACAUUAAAAGUUUACAUAAAAACUUUUCAUUAAUUCAAGUCAUUAAAACUACAUUAGUUGAAGAAGCUGAAGCUAGAAUUAUUCCAAAAUGCAAGGCUCACCCGUAUAAUCUGGCUGAAUUUUUCUGUGUGAACCCCGACUGUUCCUCUAACGACAAGUUGAUGUGCCGCACCUGUGAAGACUUUGGUGUUCAUAAAGGACAUGCAAAAUAUCUAUUGAUAACGAGAAUAGAAAACUCAGGGAAUUCGCUUCAGAAAGCAAUAAGCGAUUUGCAAAAAAAACUCCGCGACAUUGACCAAAACGUGGAAGAAUUAAAAAAGGCACAAACAUUAUUCAAUGAAAAUGGAGAACUCUUUCAAAAAAAGAAAAACCAGAUAACCAAUUUUUAUUCCAAAUUGCGAGAGAAAGUCAAUGAACGAGAAAAAGAAGCGCUGUCCGAAUUGAAGGAUGUAGCACGGACCGCCAGGGUAAAUAAUACAAAGUCUCUACUGACUUUGAUGCAAGUUCGCAGUAUAUACGAUGAACUCAUCAGUGAAGCGAAAGAACUUUUGAAAAAGACUAGCGCAACUUCAUUUCGUGAAGUUGAAGCCAUUCUGAAUAGAUCGAAUGCUCACAUAAUGUCACAAGAAAAAAUUUUUGAGCCAAAUCCAUUCGAGAAUAUCAAAGUGAACAUCAGACCAAUUGAAAUUCCGAUGGCUAGCAUUGAAUACUGUGCCAAACCCAGUAAUUCAGUCCCCAGGAGUAGUGGGGAGUCAGACCCAUAUGCAGCUAUGAAACAACUGGAUGUUAAAUUGUUGCGAAUAAUUCAUUGAAAUUACAGUUUAUUUGAUGAGAAUAAACGACUCGGACAAU